AUGUUCUCUCGUGCCGUUCGCCCGGCCGUUCGGGCUGGUAGCGCUGCCAUCGCUCGCACCGCCCCGCCCAAUGCCGCCAACUUCGCGACUCUGCGUGAGAUCGAGGGCCGUCUCAAGUCCAUCAAGAACAUCGAGAAGAUCACCAAGACCAUGAAGAUUGUUGCCUCCACCCGUCUUACCCGUGCCCAGAAGGCCAUGGACGAGUCCCGCGCCUACGGUCAGACCUCCAACACUGUUUUCGAGCAGGCCGAGACCAAGCCUCUGGAGGACCAGAAGACCCUUUACGUCGUUGCUAGCUCCGACAAGGGUCUUUGCGGUGGUAUUCACUCCGGUUUGAGCAAGGCCACCCGCCGCCUGUUGGCCAACGACCCCAACGCCGACAUCGUCAUUCUCGGCGAGAAGGCCAAGGCCCAGCUCUCCCGUUUCGCCCCGGAGAAGAUCCUCCUGACCUUCUCCAACGUCUGCAAGGAUAUCCCCACCUUCGCCGAUGCCCAGGCCAUCGCCGACCAGAUCAGCCUGCUGCCCACCGACUACAGCAGCGUCAAGAUCAUCUACAACAGCUUCCUGAACGCCCAGAGCUACGAGGCCACCGUCCUCGAGGCUUUCUCCGAGGAGGCUAUCACCCAGUCCGCCAACAUCUCCGCUUUCGAGAUUGACGAUGAGGCCCUUGCCAGUCUCCGCGAGUACGCUCUUGCCAACAACCUGUUCUGGGCCAUGGCUGAGGGCCACGCCUGCGAGAUUUCCGCUCGUCGCAACGCCAUGGAGAACGCCUCCAAGAACGCUGGUGACAUGAUCAACAAGUUCCAGAUUCUCUACAACCGUCAGCGUCAAGCCACUAUCACUGGUGAGCUGGUUGAGAUUAUCACCGGUGCCACCGCCUCUGCCGACCUGUAG